GACGCUGCCCAAUCAGAGGAAAGCACUGGCGCAAGCGACGCUGCCCAAUCAGAGUGAGGCGUUGGCGCCAGCUUCCCUCUCUCCGCCCUUUUCCUUUCCUCGGCUCCUCUACGCCUUCUCUCCUGCCCACUGGGCGCCGCUGGCUAGCUAGGCCACAGAGUAAGCCUCCAGCAGGGUAGAGUGACGACUCGCAAUCGGAAGUUACUGUUGAAGCUAAGGCGGCCAUAACUGAUCAUGGCACGGGAGUCUUCUGGCUUCCUGUCUCCAGUGUGACGUAGUUUUCCCUUCGCCCAAUGUCACCGUUGCCCUGGGCAACAGCUGAGCCGUCUGGGAAGAGAUGCAGCUGUAAGUAGGCCCAAAGAGACCAAAGUUCCUUCUGUAGGCUUGAGUCAAGAACUUGACAGUCAUCUUGGUCAUACCGGGUUGGAUGCCUAAAGCUGCAGGAAAAACACCAGGUGAACUUACAGGAAAAAACCGUAUCCAACAAUUCAGAUAUGGCGGAAGUGAAGUCAAUGUUCCGGGAAGUUCUCCCAAAACAAGUAAAAGGAUGGCAAAUGAAGCACUGUUUCUUAAACCUAGAAAUCUUGUUAUACUCAAGACUGCAGGGCAGUUGUCUGUGGAAGAUAUAACCACGAUGGUGCUGUGUAAACCCAAACUUUUACCCUUAAAGUCUCUGACUCUGGAAAAACUGGAGAAAAUGCAGCAAGCAGCACAGGAUACGAUUCGCCAACAAGAAAUGGCAGAAAAGGAACGGCAGACAACUCACUGAAUGAUGUAUGUUAUAUAACUCACUAAUGAAACUUGUUAUGAAUUUAACCACUUUGUUUUGUAGUGAACAUAAGCUAUUAAAAAACUUUUGAACCCAAAUUUUAUGGGUGUUGUUUUUUAACCCAAGAUUUUAGAAUUGCAAAUUAAAUUAUUUUUCACCGUUCCUACUACUAUCGGUUUUAUAGGUAACAUUCUUAGGCACAAGUGACUAAAUGCAACUUUUUAUAUUCAGAGAAUCUUUACAUGUUUAUUAAAAAACAAUUUGAAGAUAUGUUCUAAUCUUGCAUAAAGUGUUAAUGCUGGGCUUUUAAAUUACCUAACUUUAGAACUUUUUUUAUGAAUCAUAUGUCAUGUCAUGUUUAAGGCUAUCUUGCCUGACCACCUGAUCCUACCUGUAAUGACAAAAUUGUAUUUCUUAAAUUCUUAAGAAACCCUCACCUGUCCAGUAGUCCCCUGAGCUUUUAAUUAUACUGAUUUUAAGGACUUAAGAAUUACCUGGCUACUUUCUCAUCUAGGUAGCAAAACACAGUUAAAACUCUAAAAAUGGAAAGUAAUAAUGGAUUUGAUAGAUCCCAAGAGGUCAAUAUGAACAUUAAAUCUGGAGGUUUAGUUCUAAAAUACUGCACCUAAACCUGUAAUAGGUAUAUUCCUAAGAAUACCUUGGUAACUUCUGAAUAUAGUUUUUGGUUGGUUUGCUGCAGUCAACAAUAGACAAUUUAAAUUAGCAUAGACAUUGAGGCCUUGCUGAGUAAUUAGGCUCUGCAAAAGAGGUUAGCAAUAUGAUCAUUCUUUAGAUAAUUAUUUAUUGGUAGCUACUAUUUUAUCAGACAUUGGGUAAAUGUAAAACUGAGUCUUUGGAGAAUAAUUUUUUAUAACACAAACAUUCAGUAAUAGAACUUAAGAAUGAUGAAAGGCAUUAUAUAUAUUUUAGAAAUUUCAUUAAGCACUAGAUAAAAUAAAAAAACAAGGAAGAAUGCAUGCAUUUCCCAAGUAUAAUAUUAAAAGGUUUAUUUACUACUGUACUUUUGAUUUAAAAGUUUGCGAGGAACAAAGUUUAAAUUCACUAGGUUCAAAUAUGCUCCCUUAUGAUUUAAAAUUUGCUGUGUGAAAUAAGUUUUUUCAAAGACCUAAAAUAAAUGUACUCUCAAUAAAGAAUCAACACUGCUUCACAUGUUUUAUUUUGUCAUACAUUCUUCUAGAACUGGGUUCAUUUUUCCAGUUUUGUAGAAAAAUAGAUGUUCCGGCCACCAUUUACUUAACUGUCUAGUCUUUAAGACCAAUCAGUAUGCUCCCUGGAAAGAUGAAUAAGUCUUGUGACUAACUCGUUUUCUUAAAAUUCUUUAAGACAAAUAACUUUUUUUUUUUUUACUCCCAAAGCACAGUAUUUCAACAGCAGCAGCCAACAUGGGG